CCCGGACAGGGAGCGCGCUGCGCUGGUUCACCACCGCGGUCCUGUACGCCGCCUUCCUGGGGCUGGGAAUGACUAUUGCUAUACUGGGACCCACCUUUCAAGAUUUGGCAAGAAAUGUGAACCUAAAUAUGAGCAGUCUUUCUGAAAUAUUUGUGGGUCGUGCUGUGGGAUAUUUGGGUGGCUCUGUGCUUGGAGGAAUUCUUUUUGACUGUGUGAACCACUUUUUACUUUUGGGAGUGUCACUGUUGGCUACCACACUUGGUCUUCAUCUCGUUCCUUUUUGCAAGAGUGCAGUAUUACUGGUUGUCAUGAUGUCCGUCUUUGGUGUUUCAUAUGGCACUAUGGAUACAGGUGGGAAUGUCCUUAUCCUGGCUCUAUGGGGGGACAAAGGAGCCCCACACAUGCAGGCCCUGCACUUCAGUUUUGCCUUGGGUGCCUUUUUGGCUCCUCUUCUGGCAAAAUUGGCCUUGGGAACCACAGUGUCCGCCGAAAACCACACGGAGCCUGACCUUCAUCCUCCAGCCCUCAACCAAUCCCCUGAAGCUGGCCCGGACCCUCUGUUUGCAGCACCUGAUGACUUGAACUUACUGUGGGCUUAUGCUUCUGUCGGCGCGUACACUUUUGUGGUUUCUGUCUUCCUGUUUGCUCUGUUUUUCAAGAAACCCUCAAAGCAUGGAAAAUCCACAGCAUCUGCCCAGGUGUCUCGAAGAGCUAAAUAUCACAAGGCCCUGCUCUGUCUCCUUUUCAUGUUCUUCUUCUUUUAUGUUGGGGCGCAAGAAAGUGAAGCGGCUGGGUUGAACUCCAUCUUCUGGGGGACCUUUGCAGCCUGCAGGGGCCUGGCAAUCUUCUUCGCUACGUGUUUGCAGCCUGGAACCAUGAUUUUGUUGAGCAACAUUGGCAGCCUGGUCUCAUCGUUAUUUCUGGUGCUUUUUGACAAGAACCCACUUUGUCUCUGGAUAGCAACUUCAGUGUAUGGGGCCUCAAUGGCCAGCACGUUUCCCAGUGGCAUUUCUUGGCUUGAGCAGUACACAAGCAUAAAUGGGAAAUCUGCAGCCUUUUUUGUCAUUGGUGGUGCUCUUGGAGAAAUGGCUAUUCCUGCAGUAAUUGGAAUUCUUCAAGGACAAUACCCGGAUUUGCCAGUGGUUCUGUAUACCUGUUUGGGGUCAGCAAUAUUCACUGCUGUAUUAUUUCCUGUGAUGUAUAAGUUAGCCACCUGGCCUCUGGAUCUUCAGCAGAAAGAAAACAGGAGUGAGAAUCAGAAAACUUUGCCCCCUAGUUCUGGGAUAUAAGGAAGACAAUGAAGGGAAAGAUAAGGAAGAGUGGAAUGAGAUGAAUUUGAAGUGACUGAAGAAAAUUACACAGUUAGGGCUUCUUUCACACAGACGUGUAGAAAUAGUUUGAUGGUGCCUAUAGCUGAAGUA